AUGAUGGUGGCAACAAAUUUGACAGGAAGUGGAACACCGCCGAGAACAUUUCAAGAACUGGCAUGCUCCUUCUUUUUGUUUGGUGGACUACAACAGCUAACCGUUUCUCUAUCAGCAGUCAAUAUUUUGCUCUCCAUCACAGCAUUUCUUGGGAGUUUACUCAUCCUCGUUGCCCUUCACAAGGAUUCUUCCCUUCACCCACCGUCCAAACUCUUGUAUCGUUGUCUGGCAACAACUGAUCUGUUGGUUGGUCUUAUUUGCCAGCCUCUCUAUGCUACGUAUUGGAUGUCCUUGGUUUACGAAAAGAAGAGUCUUUGUCGAUACGCAAAGGACGCAGGCUUCAUAACAAGCUACGCAUUAUGUGGAGUGUCUCUACUUACGAUGACGGCCAUAAGCGUGGAUAGACUUCUUGCUCUGUUGUUAAGACUGAGAUACACACAAAUUGUAACUUUAAAACGCACAUACAUCAUUGUAGCGAUGUUUUGGGUUUUGUCUGGUCUUGCAGCUUCAUGCUUCCUUUUAGAUUACCGUAUAACCUUUUUGUACGGCCGUAUCGUUAUCCCAUCUUGUUUGCUUAUUUCAAUCGUCUCGUACACCAAGAUUUUUCGCACUCUCAGUCAUCAUCAGGCACAAGUACAAGAUCAUAUUCAACAACAGCCGAGCCAUUCAAAUGCGUUGAAUAUCGCUCGAUACAGAAAGGCAGUAAACGGUGCACUGUGGGUGCAGUUGGCAUUAGUUGUUUGUUAUGCACCGCAAAUUGUAGUGGAAAUUGUGAUGGCAUACAGUGAAAUAUCUUCAUCACAUUUAGUCAUCAAGGCCAUCGCGGUUUUCUUAAUUUUCUUCAACUCGACGUUAAAUCCUUUUCUUUACUGCUGGAAGAUAAAAGAAGUAAGACAAGCAGCUACGCAGACAAUCAAGCAAACACUUUGCUGUCCGCGGAGUUAG